ACCCGCCCCUCGCCCGGCCCCGGCCCCGGCCCCGGCCCCGGCCCCGGCCCCGGCCCCGGCCCCGGCCCCGGCCCCGGCCCCGGCCCCGGCCCCGGCCCCGGCCCCGGCCCGCAGGCCCCGGCUCCGGUCCCGGUCCCGCCGCUGCAGCGCGGCGCCUUGUGUCGUUCCCCUUGCCGUGCAGCCCGGGCACGGCACUGCCCCGGCACAGCCAUAACAGUCAGGGUGCUUUUAGGAAGAGCGCUGCUGAGGCCUAGGGGGGAAAAAGACAGGGGGGAAAAAAUGAAAGGAAAACGAGGUUUUAGCACCGGGAGCCGCCGCGCCCCUGCGGGAGGACCGGGGAUCGGGGGAGCUCGGUGGGCGGGAGGGCGGCCUCCCGCCGCGGCUCUGCCCGGCGCUUCCCCACGGGCAGCGGCGGCGCACGGCCGCGGAGCGGUCUCCACCUGCCAGCGGGGGGAGCGGACCCGGACCCGGACCUGGACCUGGACCCGCCGCCCUCGCUCGGCACCCCGCGGGGCAGCGGCUCCGGGGCCGGGGUCCAUCCCGGCAGCGACGGGGGCUCCUCUCCCUAAGGACAAGGUCAAGGAUGAAGGGUCAAUGUCAAGUUGUCUUAAUGGUGGAAGGCGACUGGGCACGGCAGCACUCCUUGCUUUCCGCGUUUCUGGUCUCCUUGAUUGAUUUGAAAGUGCCAUUUUGAAGGGGAACCCUGCCGCCGAAAAGACGUGAGGGCUUCGCUUUUCUUUCAAAGGACGAAGAGGUGACGAUGGUACAGUACGAAGAUCUCAUUGCCUUCCUGCCUAACAGCCUUUAAUGUCUUAAAACUGCUUUAAUGGCCGGAUUGCUUUAAGUUUCAGGGACCCUCGGAAAGCUGAAUUCUGCCCAGGGGAACGCUCCGAGAGUUCAGAAUAACUCCCCUAUCUUCUGUUCAUCACACCACAUAACAAAAAUAAUUAAGUAAAGUGUAGCUGGGGUGCUGCAGGCCUCCUGCAAGUAAAGCUGCCCGGCCAGAAAAUGCCGUCAAACCUCCUUCACCGUACGGGUCUGCCAAAAAUCUUUGCAGAAAGCAGCUCGUUAAUCCCGAUCAUUUCCUCUCAAGAAUGAUAAAGAUACUCCUCCUAAAACAGAAAGAGUUGCCCCAAUCGGCUCCAAAAUCAGCAGAAAACCCCCCACAUACUGGAGGGAGAUAUUAUCGCCGGGCAUUGCAAGGAGUAAAAUAAGCGAGUGUCACCUCGGCUCCCUAAUUUGUCUGACACUCGUUGGAGGAAAAAACCCACCUCGAGUGGCUCGGAGCAAGGGGCUGUGAGGAGAACAGAAACUUUCGCAGUGACUUGAACGUGAACUUCCUGCGAUGCGGGGCACGUGCACCUUUUCACCUUCUGGAUCAAAUCCUUCCUGGUUUUGAUCGAAUACAGAUAUCAUUAUUUAAAAUGUGACUGUAAUAGGCAUGAAUGCCGUGUAACUAAUCUUGACAACAUACCUAUAGUUUCAAUCCGUGCCAGGAGUUAAUUGGCUUUAAUCCAGUUGCUAAAACUCGCUUUUCAGCCUUUAUUAUAGUUACUCUCUAGUAAUGUGUGGGUGGAUUUGUUUGUAAUUUAGCAUAGGCUGUCCCUGGCACUGCACCAUACCUCGUACCUAGUACAGAACUGUCUGUAACAUCAAACUGGGGGAAAAAAAUAAAGACCCAGGUGUGAAGGCAUUUCCUUUAUCAUCCCUCCGCUCGGUGGUGGGGAGCUCGAAUUGUUAAGCUAACGUCAGCGAGCAAUAAAAACCUCUCGGGGAAGCCCUGCCAACAUAAACUAGAGCAGGAACACGAUAAAAUAUGAAAUCAAACUUCUUUGACACCCUGGCUUUGCAUCCUAAGUGGCGUUUCAGUGUGGCCUCAACCCGCCCGGAGACCCUGAACGACUCCGCCGCCGCCAGACACCCGCCCCAGCAGCGUCCGCAAACAGGCUUUAAACAGUUCCCUGGAGUAUUUUUCUUGGGAACACGGACUCUCCUGAAGGUACAGUGUAACUUUUCAUACGCCCUUGUCCCCACGCAGCGUUCGUUCACCGUCUGUCCCCGCCGCGGUGGGCGGUCGCGCUGUGCCCCCCACCCCGUCCCGCCGCUCUCCCCGGUGCCAGCCCGGCCGCUGCGGCAGGGAGCAGGGAACGCGCAGGGUCUGAGAAACUCGUGUAAAACCCUCACGGAUGGAAGGAAAAGAAAAGAAAAGAAAGAACUGUGUUUCCUAAAACCGGCAAAAUAACUUGAUUCAAAGAUCCCAUCGUGUAGCUUUAUUAGCUAAUAGGAAAGGUGCUUGAUGUAUCUGUGACCUUUGCUGCGACACCCUGCAAAGAGCAGAGCAGUACAUGUUGGACUCACCAGCAAACUGGUGUCCGAAUGGUGUUUGUGUUUAACGUCAGUGCUAAGGGGGUCGGUGAAUGGCAUCAGGUUGUAGGAGGCAGACUUGAAAAGCAUUAAUUAGUCAGAUUUGCAUUAUUAAAAAAAAUUAAAAAUCUCUGGUGUGUAACGCAAUUGCAUCUUACAUUGCUGGAGUGCUAAGCUUGAGUGAGGGCCGCUGUGCAGAUCACAGUCUGUGGGCUCAGAAACCUGUGAAAAAUGCUUUUCCUCAUUUUGAGAGAAGUACGAAGACGGGAAAAAUCAACGUUAUACCGAGGCCCCCCCCCGGUCGGUGCGUGCCCCGGGGAGGUUCGGGUCACUCAGCGAGCAGGGUUACCGGUUGUCGGAGCAGACGCAAACCGCGCUGAGGACCGAGUUACUGUAUUCGCUGCUGCCACCGGCAUCCCGCCCGCUGCUCUGUCACGGGGGCGCGGAUGGAUGCCCCGCUCCCGCACGGGGAGGCAGAGCCGCCCUCCGGCCAGCGGCUGCAGCGGCCCUUGUUUCUCCCCAGCUGCCCCCGGAUGGCGGGCCCGGCCCGGGCUCGCUGCAGCCAGAGUUCCGCCGGGCCGUUAGGCCGCAGCCGGCGGCGGAGUCCAGCCGGGCCCCCCCGCGGCGCCGCCGGGCCCGGGGAGCCGCCACCUGCCGGCGACAGGGCGGGGGGAGGGAGGUCAGCCCCCGGGGCAGCGCCGCGCUGGGCCGAGCCGGGGGCCGGAGCUGCCCCGCCCGCUCGGAGGAGCCGCUCCCCCGCUCUGAGGCCGGGCCGGGGCCGCAGCCGCUGCCCCCCGGAGGCUGAGGCGGUCCGUCCCCUCAGGAAAGGCCUACGCGCGGGCCGCGGGCUCCCUCAACCGUUCGCCCGGCCCGGCCGCCCGCGGCCCCGCGACCCGGCGCGGGCACCUUACGCCGGGAUCAGGAUCGGGAUCGGGGCGGGGGCAGGAGCGCCCCGGCCGCGGUCACCGCGGGCUGCCGGAAAGGCGCGGCCCCACCCCCUCCCCGGCUUCGCGAGCGCUUGACAGGAGCGUGGUCACGUGCCGGCCGCAAAGCGCCUCUUUGCGACCUCAAUGACAGGCAAAAUGUGCGACAGGCGCUGUGGAGGCAGGGAGGGAGCGGCGUUGCCUCCUCCUCCUCUCCGGGCCAGCAGCUGAGGCAGCGCUGCCCGCUCCCGGCCCGCUCCCGGCCCCCUGCCCGCCUCUCUCCUCCCUCCACCCCUCCUCUGCCCGCCGCCGCGGAGCUGCCAGGUGGGGCAGCUCGGGGGCGCCGCGGGAGCCUGAGAGGAGCCCGGCGCCUCGAUGAGCUCCUAGCUCCCACCCUGCCCCGUCCUCGCCGGCAGCAGCUCCAGGUGCGCGGGUCAGAGCAGAGCCGGGGACGCAGCUGGCUGCAAUGGCGUCCAACAUGGACCGAGAAAUGAUAUUGGCUGAUUUCCAGGCAUGUACUGGUAUUGAAAAUAUUGAUGAAGCUAUAACGUUGCUUGAACAAAAUAACUGGGAUUUAGUGGCAGCUAUAAAUGGUGUAAUACCACAAGAAAAUGGCAUUCUACAAAGUGAGUAUGGUGGAGAGACUUUACAUGGACCAGCGUAUGGCCCCACAAGUCAUUCUACAGCAGCUUCUUCAACUCCUUCCUCAUCCUCAGCAUUUCGCCAUGUAGUGCCAUCUAGACAAAUAGUGGAAAGACAACCUCGAAUGCUUGACUUCAGGGUUGAGUACAGAGACAGAAAUGUGGAUGUGGUACUUGAAGACAGCUCCACAGUUGGAGAUAUCAAACAUAUUCUAGAAAAUGAACUUCAGAUUCCUGCAUCCAAAAUGCUGUUAAAAGGGUGGAAGACUGGAGAUGUAGAUGAUAGUACUGUUUUAAAAACUCUACACUUGCCAAAAAAUAAUAGUCUUUAUGUUCUAACACCUGACCUGCCUCCUCCUUCUUCAAGUCAUUCUGGGGCUCUGCAGGAGUCAUUAAAUCAAAACUUCAUGCUGAUCGUCACCCAUCGAGAAGUCCAGCGGGAGUACAACCUCAACUUCUCAGGAAGCAGUACCAUUCAGGAGGUGAAGCGGAAUGUGUAUGACCUAACUAGUAUCCCUGUCCGUCACCAGUUAUGGGAAGGCUGGCCUCCUUCUGCCACAGACGACUCGAUGACGCUAGCUGUUUCGGGACUGACUUUUCCUUGCCAUCGACUUACAGUUGGAAGAAGAUCUUCACCCGUACAAACAAGGGAACAGUCAGAGGAGCAAUGCACUGAUGUUCAUAUGGUUAGUGACAGUGAUGGAGAUGACUUUGAAGAUGCUACAGAGUUUGGAGUUGAUGAUGGAGAAAUGUUUGGAGUAGCAUCGUCUGCCUUGAGGAAAUCGCCAAUGAUGCCAGAAAAUGCUGAAAAUGAAGGAGAUGCCUUAUUACAAUUUACAGCUGAGUUUUCUUCAAGAUAUGGUGACUGCCAUCCUGUUUAUUUUAUUGGAUCGCUAGAGGCUGCUUUUCAAGAAGCCUUCUAUGGGAAAGCUAGAGAUAGAAAGCUUCUUGCUAUCUACCUUCACCACGAUGAAAGUGUACUAACCAACGUCUUCUGCUCACAAAUGCUUUGUGCUGAAUCUAUUGUCUCCUAUCUGAGUCAGAACUUCAUCACCUGGGCAUGGGACAUGACAAAAGAAGCAAACAGAGCAAGAUUUCUGACGAUGUGCACUAGACACUUCGGGAGUGUUGUAGCCCAAACAAUUCGAACUCAGAAGACAGACCAGUUUCCACUUUUCCUUAUCAUUAUGGGAAAACGAUCGUCUAAUGAAGUAUUGAAUGUAAUACAAGGUAACACAACGGUGGAUGAGCUAAUGAUGAGGCUGAUGGCUGCAAUGGAGAUCUUCAGUGCCCAGCAGCAGGAAGACAUAAAGGAUGAGGAUGAACGUGAAGCCAGAGAAAAUGUGAAAAGAGAGCAGGAUGAAGCGUACCGCAUAUCACUGGAGGCUGACAGAGCCAAGAGGGAAGCGCAAGAGAGAGAGAUGGCGGAGCAGUUUCGCUUGGAACAGAUUCGGAAAGAACAGGAGGAAGAACGUGAGGCUAUCAGGCUCUCUCUUGAGCAAUCUUUGCCUCCUGAACCGAAGGAGGAGAGCACCGAGUCCGUCAGUAAACUGCGUAUUCGGACGCCCAGCGGAGAAUUCUUUGAGCGACGUUUCCUGGCCAGCAGCAAGCUGCAGGUUGUCUUUGAUUUUGUAGCUUCCAAGGGAUAUCCUUGGGAGGAGUACAAGCUGCUGGGCACCUUUCCGAGGAGAGAUGUGACCCAGCUGGAUCCAAAUAAAUCGUUACUGGAGGUAAAACUGUAUCCUCAAGAAACCCUUUUCCUAGAGGCAAAAGAAUAGAUCAGACAAGAUUGUAGGACUAAUCAUCCUUUGACAAGCCAGAGGCACAGCAUUGAAAGGAAGACUUCUGUCAACGCCACCUUGUACUAUCAUCCAACUCAAUUCAGUGUCACAACUUUGCCUCUUGCAAGAAUCCUGAAAAAUUGAAAAAACAUAGCUACUUAAAGUUUCAUGAGUAUAUGUUUCCAACCUCAUUUAAAUGAGCAGAGGAUAAAAUUCUGCUAUGAACACUGAACAUUAUGACUCUGUUGCUCACUUAUCAUCCAGCUUUUGUUAUAAUUAAUGCACUGUUAAAAUGUGAGUGAUUGUUAAGUAGAAUUUUUACUCCUCAAAUGCCCCUUUUUCACCAAGAAAUCUUGGACAUUUCUGCCUGUACUUUUGACACUAGAAUGCUGUAUAUUUGAUAUCUCGCUGAGCCAGUGCUCUCAUAUAUAUGCAUUUUAUUUCUGUGUUUGAAUUUCUACUUUGUCAACUAAUUUAAAAAGGCAGAAAAAAUUAACGGGACAUUCUCAGCCAUGGAAAUUUAACAGUAUUAUAGUAGAAAGCAUAUAAUUUUUGUUAGUACUUUCUGACUUCUUUGAUAAGAUGUAAGGUUUUGUUUGAAGAAUAUAGUUUGACAUAUAUGCGAGAUAUUUAUUUACUGGUUCUGCUUUGGGUCUCAGUUCUGAUUCAGUUUAGGAGGUAUUUUCCAUUACAUUGCAGUGUGUGAAACUGCUUAUUGCAUGAUGUGAAUAUUUAAAUGACAUUAGAAAUGGCCAGUACCAGAAACCUGGUAUCUUGCCAACACUUCAGGAAUCAGCUGAUAUUGAAUAUCAGCUGUUAAAAACCUUUCAAAUACCAGAUACAAAAGUUCUUUAUUUCUCAUUGUGAAAGAAAGGGCAGUUCCCAUUUUAGCAGUUUUCCUUCAUUCUGGCACUUGUUUGUAUCCUAUUACUCUGCUGUUUUAAAGCACCUUGUUUGUUUCAUCAAACAAUGAGCAUCUGAAGAGGUGGUGUAAUAAGAAAUCUGCCUUAUUAUUGCACACUUUGGACAUUUUAACAAUAGAUUACUGAUCCCGUCUCAAAUUAAAGAAAUCCUAGUUCUCUUGUCUGAAAUGUAUGCACCAACUACCUGCUAUCUGAUGUGGAAAAAAUCUGGUACUUUAAAUUUCUCAACCAUAGAAUGAGCAUACCGAGUCUAAGACCAUAACGUACACUUGAUGCCAAACCUGCAUCAAAACUGGUUUGGUGGUUUUUUGUUGUUUUUUUCUUUUUUCUUUUUUUAAUCUGUGGGCUUACAGGAUAGUGCACAAUAGCACUACAGAAUCGUCAUCUGCUAAUCAAACUUCUUUUUUUUUUAAUAAAAGCCUGGCACAUUGUUUUCCACAUAUGUUUAUAUGUAAUUCAUAGCGUUUAUCGUAGCAAAAUGAGUUCUGAUUUGAAAAUUUUAUACUAAGCAAAAAUCAAUUGCACACAUCUGUUAGUCUUUCUUUUUUCUUUGGAAGGAUGGUGAUAUAAAACUAAAUGUAUGCCUAUUAGUAGGGUGUUAGUGAAGCUGAUAUAUUGUUACCUUUACCAAAAAUGCAAAUUUCUGAGCGGGGAAAGCCUUAUUCUACCUUUUGUAAUUCUGUAAUUAGUGAGUGCAACAUCAGACACUUUUAGAAGUGAAGUAUCUAUGACAAACAAAAGGUUUGGAAGUGUAAGCAAAUUCUAAUCAUUUGCAGUUCACAAAUAAAAGGAUUCACAGCCAACAGAAAGACAAAUGCAUGUGUAAUGGAAAGCUGAAUGCAGACACUUCAUUCUGAACUUUUGUUUUCUUACAAAAAAAAAAAAUAAAUCCACUAUGUUUAUUAAAUAAGAAAUUAACAUAGGUUGCAAAUUGGGGUGAUGCUGUUUCUACAAACAAUCACAGUAACACAUACAGCAAGAUUUUAAAGUGAUGCAUAUCUCUUUUUUUCAGAUUAGCUCUUCCUUCUAAGCUGGCUAUUGAGGAAAGGAAUUGCUGAAAUACUACUACACAAAGCGAAGCGACCUUUCAGCUAACUUGUUUAUAUUAAUCUGUUCUGUUUGACUUUUGUUUGGUCUCAUCAGGCUGUUCUCCCUCAUUCAACUUUAUUUCUGUAUUUUGACUAUAUAUUCUUUACUUUGAUACUAGUUUCAUAAAGUUAUUAAAUGUGGCUUGAAUAUUUGUUGAACUUGUUGAAGUCAGUGCUCCUAGGGUUUGUUGGGCCUUUUUUUUCCUAAACUCUAUUAUUAUUUUUUCCUUAUUUUGUUCAUAUUGCAAAAUACACUGUCAUUAUCAAAACGCUGUGGUGGUAAUUAACUGGAAGUGUUCAAAGUGGUGGCAUUACUGCCCUCUGAUAUAAAGAUAUCAAGAUCGGUAUAUAGGGAUCAUUCUGCCACAACGUAAACAAGUGUAUCGCUCUUUAAAUAAAACAUUUAUGGUUUUGGUCCUUAAAUACUUUGGGCCUGAUUUCAAGAAGCAACCGUCUAGAGUCACCUUUCCAAAUUACACCCUCAAUGCAAACCUAUCCCUGUGCAGAAACAUUAAUAUUCUAUGCCAUCAUUUUCUGCUCUCCUAAACCAUGGCAUUCACGUCACAUGCUCUGCUGACACGGUUAAUCCGCUAGUCAGUCUACAGACUAAUUUUGUAAUUCAGUAUUACCCUAAAACCGUAACACUUGCUACAGAGCAUAUCCCUGAUUCUACCUUUUUAUCUUCAGGUUCUUCACAUUAAUGGCUUAUCAUUAAUGUGAUUAAUGCAUUAGUUUUAAGUCUUAAGGAAUUACCGUUAAUGAACGGAAUCCUGUACGAUGUGUCGGCUUUCGUUAUUGGCCUUCAGAGCAUUGCGGUGAAGGUGGGGCGCGCUCUGGCUUUUGAGGAAACUUCCUGCCUAUUGAUAUUGUGUUUGCAAUCAUUAUUAGAGAAUAUGCAGAAAACAAGUGUUUGCUCUGUAUUCUCUGCAUACGCACUCUUAAAUUUCGCGAGAGUGCUGAGAGUGUUUCUAAUGGAGCUAUGUUGGGGGUUUUGUUUAUUCUUUUUAAUGUAGCAGAAAAGGACUUUGGCUUUCGUAAACUGUACCUACUCAGUGACAUUAGAAACUUAAAAUAAAUUUUCAAUUACAGUAA